AUGUUUGGGCUCGUCCGGUUGCAGGCGGCAAAGGAAGGAGGAAGAAAAGUGAAGAUUGCUCGGACGGCGGUGGUGGUUGAAUUGCUGAAGCAGCCGGAGUUGAUUGGGCAACCGGAGAUGGAUCUCAUCGAAUUGAUCGCUAAUUGCUGGUCGGAUCGAAGAUUUGAGGAUUUCGCGCCAUUUUGCAAUUUGAAAGUUGGAUUAUCGUAG